UUCCUCAUGCGCUCCACAGUCGAUGACUUCAUCGUCGUCAUGACAGACAACAUCAACUAUCCCAUCAUCGUGUUCCGGCAGGGGAAAGGUGCCUGGGUGCCACCCGUUGAUACAGCUCCCUACAUUUACAUCAUCGACGUCGCGUUUCUUGGAGACACGCUAUAUGCCAUCACCAAUGCCGAGGACCUCAUCCCUCUCAAUCUUUUGUUGGAUUGCGAUGGCACUCCUGUGGUGAUCAUUGGCAAGCGUGUUAUCAGGCAACCACCGGGUUACGAUGAUUAUGAUGCGUGGAGCGCUUCUGAUGAUGACGAGGGACAUGACGUAGCUUAUGAUGACGAUGAUGAUUCAGAAGAGGUGGAAAACGAGGAGGUAGCUGACGACGAUGAUGAUGAUGUAGAAAAGGAGGAAAAUAACGAGGUAGUUGACGACGACGAUGAUGAUGUAGAAGAGGACGAGAACGAGAAGGUAGCUGACGAUGACACAAGCAAUAUAGAGGAGGAGAAGGAAGUAGCUCUCGACCAGGCACUGCAAGAAGAAGAUGAUGGCAGCCACCCUUUUAGUUUCUCUGGUGAAGAAACUGAUGCGGCAAUCAUUAUUUCCCGACACCUCAUCGUGUCGCGUGGGGAACUGCUUCUGGUGAGGCGACAUGUGAAACCUACUUACGAUUAUUUGACAUUUACUCGUCGCGUGGACAUCCUGGAGGCAGAUGCCAACACAGGCGCAUGGGUGCCACCUGUUGGCACGGGGCUUGGAGGUGGUCGGGCACUCUUCAUUAGCAUGAACUUUUCGAAGUUUGUUUUUGCACCCUGUGGUGAGGUCGAAGAGGAUGUCGUAUAUGAUAUUCACACUGGCGAGGUGUUCGACAUGAAGUCUCAGACUUCCAGGCAAGGACAUUUCUGUAUCUGUUUCCAGGCCAUAACAUGGCUCUUCCCUCCAGAAUUGGUGCUCUAACAAUCUAAUUAUGUUACGGUGUAUGAUUAGAUGCGGAACAUGGUGCGGUUCAUAUUAUUUUUCAAAAUAGUAUAU